AUGGAGUAUGUGGGCACGCGACCCGUUCCGUCUAUGAACCGCCGCCAUAUGACCGCAGACAGGGCUUGGUGUGCAGAGACGAUAACCAUAAAAGAAGAAGAAGAAAAGAAAAAGAGACAUACACUCAACGCUAUCGAAUGCCAAGAGCCUCUCGUCACCCAGAACUCAUUUCACACCAAUCUCCCUAUCGAUGAUCCUGGCGACCAUGUUGAUCGUCACAAUGUGAGCCUUGAGGCCGAACUCGUCCUCCAGGUCCCGGAUCUCCGGGUCCAGGUCCUCAACCCACUCCAGCUCGGCCCUCGCGUCCUCCACCCCCUCGCUGCUGCCGUCACUGCCGCCCUCGCCCGCCUUUCCCUUCUCCAGCAGAGCUUUCGCUCGGUAUUCCCGCCUCCUCCGCUGCCGGAUCGCCUCCCUCUCGGCCGCCACCGCCCGGCCCCUGAGCUCCGUCUCCAGCGUCAUCUUGAGGCCCGGCAUCUCGUCCACCUCGCGGAAGCCCCCGUCCGCGCCCACCCCGCCCGCCUCAAACGCCCGCAUCUGGCCCAGCACCGACCAGACCUCCCCCUCCGCCCACUCGGCCCACUGCUUGUUCUCCUCCUCCUCCUCCCCUUCUUCCGUUCCCACGUCCCCCGCCGCAAAGGCCCACACCGCCGCCCCGCCCCGCCGGAGCACAAACUCUUCAAGCGCAGUACACCUGUCGAGAUAGUCCGGGUCGGACAGGGACCGCGCCUCCGCCGCGCCCGUGCCGCCCGCCGCCGCGGUGCCCCUCCCCGCCGCGGCGCCCGCCGCGAGACGGCGCUUGUACCCGCCCCUCGCGAGCAGGCACAGCUGCCGCAGCCACGCGAGGUCCGCCGUCGCCAUCCCCCCGAGGGCCGCGAUGCGCCGCCGCCGCACCCCGACCGCGACCUGGUCCGCGACCUCGCGCGCCCGCUCCGCGGCACCGAACCCGCGCGCCAGCCACCCCUUGCGGCGCUCGAUCUCCCGUCCCGCGUCCGCCACCCGCCCCGCGUGCUCGGCGGGCGUCGCGGCCCCGAGGUCCGCCAGCGAGUCGGCCAGCGCCAGCGCGCGGCGUAG